AUGCCUUCCUCUGAAGUCUUCACUUCCGGCCCGGAGCACGUGGCUUACACCACCUCCAAUGGCGCCCCUUACCCUGAGCCUUACCAGGCCCAGCGUUUCAGCAAUGGCAAGAAGAACAUUGGCGGUCCCUUGCUUUUGCAAGACUUUCACCACAUCGACCUCUUGGCACACUUUGACAGAGAACGCAUUCCCGAGCGAGUAGUGCACGCCAAGGGCGGUGGUGCUCACGGUGUCUUUGAGGCCACUCACGACAUCAGCGACUUGUGCUGCGCCGAGGUGUUCAAGAAGGGUUCCAAGACACCCCUCACCAUGCGCUUCUCCACCGUCGGUGGCGAGUCUGGCUCACCCGACACUGCCCGUGACCCCCGCGGCUUCUCCGUCAAGUUGCGCACAUCGCAAGGCAACUUGGAUUGGGUCUUCAAUAACACUCCCAUCUUCUUCCUGCGCGACCCCGCAAAAUUCCCUCACUUCAUCCACACUCAAAAGCGCGACCCUCAGACCCACUUGAAGGAUGCAGACAUGUUCUGGGACUACCUCUCCCAAAACCCAGAGUCCGUUCACCAAGUCAUGAUCCUCUUUGGUGACCGAGGUAUCCCCAAGCGUCAUGACUUGCAGCACGGCUACUCUGGCCACACCUUCAAGUUCAUCAACGCUCAGGGCGAGUGGCAGUACGUUCAGAUUCACGUUCGAUCGGACCAGGGAACCGACUUUUACACUCAGGAGGAAGGGGUCAAGCUUGCUGGCGAGAACCCCGACAUUCACAACCAGCAAUUGUUUGAACAAAUCGAGAAGGGUCAAUUCCCAUCCUGGACCGUCAGCGUACAGACCAUGACUCAAAAGCAAGCCGAGGAUUUCCGCUACAGCGUCUUUGACUUGACCAAGGUCUGGCCCCACGCCGAGUUCCCUCUGCGACCUGUGGGCAAGAUCACUUUGAACAAGAACCCCUCCAACUACUUUGCCGAGAUUGAGCAAGUCGCAUUCGCACCCAGCCACCUCGUGCCCGGUGUCGAGCCAAGCGCAGACCCAGUUCUGCAGAGUCGUCUCUUCUCUUAUCCCGACACACACAGGCACCGUCUGGGUGUCAAUUACCAACAGAUUCCCGUCAAUGCUCCGUUGGUCCCUGUGGCCAACUUCCAGCGCGACGGGUUCAUGUCGGUGAAUGGCAACCAAGGCAAUCGACCAAACUACGUGUCCACCAUCAAGCCAUUGCAGUACCCCAAGCAGGUCAGCGUUCAGGAUGCCGUCCACCAAGACUUUACCGCCUCGACCAUUAGUUACUUUUUGUCUCAAGUCGACGACAAGGACUUUGAGCAGCCUCGCGCGCUUUGGGAGAAGGUGUUCGACGAGCAGGCCAAGGAGCGAUUCAUCAACAACGUCUCUGGUCACUUGGGCGGCGCAAAGUCUCGCGAGAUUAUCCAGCGUCAACUCGCCGUCUUUGGCCGCGUGCACCCAGACAUUAGCAGCCGCAUCAGCGCAAAGAUUGGCGCUUGA